GAGAGAGAGAGACCAGUCAAAUACUGCAUAGUUGGAAUCCAAAGGGAGACACUUGCCUCGCACCUGCACUUGUCAGAAGGUAAAAUAAACCAAGAAGAAAAGAGGAGUCAUCUAUCAACUGUCUGCAGUAAUGGAUUUAUUUAUCUGAGAGUGGAAGGAACACAAAUCUGUUGCCAAAGGCUCUCGUUUGCUUCCAAAGGGGGAUUUGGAUCUGCUGUAUUUUUAGCAACAUUUGAACUCAAACAAACCGUUGGAUAUGUUUAUGUACAUCUGUGUGUGAUAGUAUGUGUGCUCUACAAGGUCAGUCCUGGUUUUGGAUUUGAUUGUGAGUGUAAGCGGCAGCCACAUGGGGCCCAGGCACUGUUGGGGAUGCCAGCUGCUGUAGUGAAGCCCAGUCCAGAGGACAUGGUGGCGGACGGUGAGGGGGACAGCGUGUCCCAGUGGGACAACUCGAUGCUGGAGCGGGAGAGGCCAACUCUUCCCUCGCUGAAGGUUCCCAGGGAGCUGCUGCGGAGCUUCCCACACUCCAAACGUGUGGGAUCCUACCUGGUGGGGAAAAUGAUCAACAAGGGCUCAUUUGCCAAAGUGAUGGAGGGGCUGCACAUUGGCACGGGGGAAAAGGUUGCCAUAAAGGUGAUCGACAAGAAGAAAGCACGUCAGGACUCGUACGUACUGAAGAACAUGAAGAGAGAACCUCGUAUUCAUCAGAUGGUCCGACAUCCUCACAUUGUCGUCCUGUUCGAGACUCUGGAGACAGAGAACAGCUACUACAUGGCCAUGGAGCUCUGUGCAGGAGGAGACCUGAUGGACAGGAUCUGUGAGAGGAGGAGGCUGGAGGAGAGGGAGGUGCGGCGCUACACCCGACAGAUCCUUUCUGCAGUGGAGCACCUGCACAAACAUGGCAUUGUGCACAGAGAUCUGAAGAUUGAAAACUUCCUACUGGAUGAGCAUAAUAACAUAAAGAUUGUCGACUUUGGCCUGAGCAACACUCUGAAGGCAGAGUCGUUGUCUCUGGAUCUUCUCAGCACUCAGUGUGGAAGUCCGGCCUACGCAGCCCCCGAGCUGCUCGCUCACAGGAAGUAUGGACCCAAAGUGGACGUCUGGUCCAUAGGUGUGAGCAUGUUCGCCAUGCUGACAGGAACGUUGCCCUUUACCGUCGAGCCGUUCAACAUCAAACAGCUCCACCAGAAAAUGGUCAACGGAGAGAUCGGCAGCAUCCCCAGUGACAUCAGCAAAGGUGCUGUGGCAUUUGUGUUGUCUCUCCUGGAGCCAGAUCCUGCAAAGAGACCCAGUGUCAGAGCUGCGAUGGAGGAACGAUGGAUCAACGAAGGACAUGCAAAGAAACCACUGCACACACUCGCCUAUAAAAACAGAUUGUGCGCGGAGGAGCUCAACUCGUCUGUGUUGUCGUACAUGACGGAGACACUGGGCUUCUCUCUCUCUGAAGUCAUUCACAUGCUCACCAGCAACCGACCCUCUGCCAUCAUGGCCUCCUAUCACCUGCUGCUCAACAAACUCAACAGGAGCCAGAGAGGAGCCAAGGCCAGCAAGAAACUGGAAAGCAAUGAUUGGAGUCUUCCCAGUAAGAAUACAUGGAGAGAGAAGAGCAACACUGAAUCAAAGAAUCAGCAACAGAUUGAACCGACAAGUGAAAAAAGCUCUAAGCAGCCCAGUCGACCUCUGAGGGCUCAGCAGGCAACUGACUGUCAGAGCAACAGGAGGAGGACUGAGGACUUUCACAGAAAGGACAACAGAGAGGACGAUGAGAACCGUCCCCCUUCUCCUUCUCUGCCUCAGCUACCUCACUGUGCCUCCCCCCCGAUGCCCCCUUGCCUCCGAUCGCCCUCCCCUGCCCCUCUGUCAGCAGUGGGAGGGGCUACUGAUGACGAGAUCGCCGUGACGUUGGACACCAGAGAGACUCUGUUUCCAGAAGUGUCUGUGUUUAGAGACAGGGAACUCGUCCAUCUUUCUCCACCUAAAAGCUCUACGUCUCAACUCUGUGACUCCGCCCCUUGCCAUGUCCCCCUUCCAGUUGAGCCAAUCAGAGGCAACAGCCCCAUGAGACCGAUGCAACACACACUCCCGCUCAGGACUACUCAGUCUGACGGGGCAGCAGACCCCGGGUCAGAUUGUUUCCAUGACAACCGCCACCAGGACGACCACUCGCACCACCUGAGCAUCGACGAGCGACUGGAGAAGCUGCAGACGUUCUACUCCUCGGAGAAGAACGGCAUCUCUCCCAGGAUGCUGCUGGAGGCCGACACGCGCACCUCCCACUCCUCAGACAGAGAUCAAACGGGUUCCAUGGAAACGACCCAAACGUCACCCACUACCCCACUGCCACGCCUACGCAAUGUGGGGCAUAAAGACAGAAGAGGCAGGAAGAUGACGUGGGUGGGGUUGACCCGACCUGGGCCCCCUGGACUCCUGGUCAAUGGGUCUAAACCUCCCGCCUUCCCCUCGCAGAGACAACAUACUUUGGUCAUCAAGAGCCUCAAGCAGGAGAGAGGGAAGAGGAGAGACCUGCCAACAGCAGGAGGAGGAGCUGGAGGAGAGAGAGUGACAGGGGGAGGAGUGAUGAGUGGAGCAAAGAGGAACUCAGUUCAGUUACGGUCAUCGCUCCAGCGUCGGGUGGCAGAUCUGAACCUGCCACUGUUACCUGCAGCUCUGCAGGGGAAAGGUGACAAAAAGAGCCAGUUACACAGUAUGGACUACUGACACAGAGACAGUAGAGGAGCACCGAUCUCACAAGGGGAGGAGGAGGAGUUAGAGAGAAGUUAGUGUAGCAGCCAUUUCAUGAACGCCGGCUUAUAUGAAAAAAGAGGUGAACAGAAGAGGCAAAUUAUAAGUAGUGCAGCUACAAUACUUAGAGGAGUGUGCACAACAUGUGCAAAAGCAGUGACAAUAUGGUUCUAAACCUAUCAUUCCCAAUGUUUACUGUUCCAGUCACGUGGAGACAAGACACCACACAGUAUGCAGUGCCAAAGAAAAGUGUAAACUCUGAUUCAACUCCUCAGUUCAAGUAAUAUGACAUUUAACAUUUGAACCAUUUUGUCUGCACCACCCACUGCAAUGUGAAAUGCAGGAAGCACAUUGAUUUACAGUGUGGUUAUAUUUGUAUUUAUUGUUUUCAACAUUUUGUACCAACAAAAAGUCAAAGU